GGAACCCUCCCGGAAACUGAACCCCAACUCGAGCUGAACACCUUCCACCGGCUCCCUUCUCUUUGUCCCGUCCUCCUCCGCUCCGCGUCGAAGAAACAUCCACAGCAGCAGCAACAUCAUGGCCAACGUAGCCGAUACAAGACUAUACGACAUCCUGGGGGUGUCUCCGUCCGCCACCGAGAGUGAACUAAAGAAGGCGUACCGUAAACUGGCAAAAGAAUAUCAUCCUGACAAGAAUCCAAAUGCUGGUGACAAGUUCAAAGAAAUCAGCUUCGCCUACGAGGUGCUUACAAACCCUGAAAAGAAGGAACUAUAUGACCGCUGCGGAGAACAAGGCUUGCGGGAAGGAGGCGGGGGAGGUCCUGGGAUGGAAGACAUCUUCUCCCACAUCUUUGGUGGUGGACUCUUUGGCUUCAUGGGGGGACAAGGAAGCCGAUCAAGGAACGGAGGGCGAAGGAGAGGCGAGGACAUGGUCCAUCCACUCAAAGUCUCACUCGAGGACCUGUACAACGGGAAAACAACCAAACUACAGCUUAGCAAGAAUGUACUGUGUAGUUCUUGUAAUGGACAAGGAGGCAAGACGGGCGCUGUCCAGAAAUGUACAACAUGUAGGGGCCGUGGCAUGCGCAUCAUGAUCAGACAGCUGGCCCCAGGGAUGGUCCAACAGAUGCAGUCCGUGUGUACUGACUGUAAUGGAGAAGGUGAGGUUAUCAGUGAGAAGGACCGCUGUAAAAAAUGUGAAGGCAAGAAAGUCGUGAAGGAGGUAAAGAUUCUGGAAGUACACGUGGACAAAGGCAUGAAGCACAGCCAGAAAAUUACCUUUGGAGGAGAAGCUGACCAGGCACCCAGCGUUGAACCCGGGGAUAUAGUUCUUGUCCUGCAGGAAAAGGAACAUGAGACGUUCCGGCGUGAGGGCAAUGAUCUCUUCAUGGACCAUAAGAUUGGGCUCGUGGAGGCUCUGUGUGGCUUCCAGUUUAUGCUGAAACACUUAGAUGGAAGACAGAUUGUUGUCAAGUACCCCGCUGGAAAAGUCAUUGAACCAGGCUCAGUCAGGGUGGUGCGAGGAGAGGGCAUGCCUCAGUACAGAAACCCUUUUGAGAAGGGAGAUCUGUUUAUCAAAUUUGAUGUCCAGUUUCCUGACAACAACUGGAUCAGCCCCGAAAAACUUGUGGAGCUGGAGGACAUGCUUCCCUCAAGGUCAGACGCACCGAUGAUCAGCGGCGACACAGAGGAGGUUGACCUGCAAGAUUACGACGCGAGCCAGGGCUCAUCAUCAGGCGGCCGUCGAGAGGCGUACAACGACAGCUCAGAUGAUGAAAGCAGCCACCAUGGACCUGGAGUACAGUGUGCUCAUCAGUAAUCUUCUCUGUUUCUCACACACACACACAUACAUCCCAGUCUACUUAUGAAAAAAAAUGGAUUGGCUGCAGAAUAACGAGGCUUAAAUGUUGUUGUGGUUGGGGCAUCAAGAAGUUUUUCAUCUCGUCACCUGUUAUGAAUCCAGUCUUUUCAUCUAAUGGGCGCUUCAAAGCAGAAAGAAAAAUGCUUCUUGAUUUUCGAGUGUGCGACUUGUAUUUUGUUUGUUUUCAUAGUAUUUACAAUAAUUUAAAACUAAUGAGCGUACAGAGAAAGCAGCUGAGCAAUGUGACGUAGUUUCUUUGUAUCAUUCGUUCGUGGACUAAUCCACUCGGCACCAGUUUGUUUCUGAAUUUUACACCUUUUUUUUGUUUUUUUUCUUUUAUAGGAUUUUAAUUGUUUUUUCCUUUUACAUUUUAAUUGAAGAAAUUUCAUUGUGUAUAUUAUUUAAGUGGUUGGUAAGCUGCAUCAGCCACUGUAUUCUGAACAGCAAAAAAAUUUUUUUUUAAAAAAGGAGCAAAAAUCUUUGGUCAAAACAAGCAAAAAAAAAAAAACCAUAGUCCAUGUGCAUGUAAAAAGCUUUGGUUCUUGCACUUACUGAA